UAUCAGCAUACCUGGACCUUUUCGCUGCUUUGUUUUGCCACACAGCACAAUUAAAGUAAGGGCAGUGUUCCUGUUGGGGGCAGGCCUGCACAGGCAGAUGUUUCUGUAUGAAAGCAGGAAGAAGGAUAACGUAGCACUUUGACCUCAUGUGAGUUGCGUCAAGUUUUGAUCGACUGGAAGCUGUCGGCAUUCCUAGGGGAGGAUCAUCCAGAAGUGCUGUCACAUAUUCUGGCUUCCUUGACACUGACUGAAGGUCCGUCAACUCCAGAGAAAUGGAGUGUCAGUGUGAGAAGGACAACUCCGAGGAUGCUGUUACAGGCUUGUGGCUGAACGGCAGCAGUGUCCAGAUGGGAGCCUUUACUGUGGUGGGGUAUCUUCUCUACAGAUUCUCACAGACACUCCCAGCUCUGAUUCGAUGGCCGAUUCGUCUGUUCUGCUCUCUAACUGGUCUGUCAGCUCUUUGGAGCUGGGUGAGCCGCCUGGUGGGAACCCUUCGUGGAAUCCAGAGCCUGUUUAAAUGGCUGUCUCGAAUUUGGCGGUUUUUCGUAGGAUUUUCCUCCAAGUUCAAGUGGCUGGCUGCUGUCAUCAAAGCAGUCACAGGGUCAUCCAGAGACGGAGCACUGGAAUCAAAGAUCGAUCCGACCAGCAGCAGUCCCAGCAAACCAGCCCUGAGGCUGAUCCUCCUGGGGCCUGCCGGUGGAGGACGGACCUCCCUGGCAGAGACUUUGUUAGGCAACAGUGAGACAAGGACACCCAUGGGUCCCCAGAUGGAGAGCACCAAGAGAAGGACAGUAAUGGACGGUAGCGAGGUUACAGUGAUUGACACACCAGAUCUUUUGGGGCCUUCACAGGGGAACAAUAAGAGAGCCAGGGAAGCUCUGAGGAGUCUUCAGCUCGCCGGUCCUGGACCACACGCCUUCCUGCUGGUGAUCCGAGCUCCAGGGUCCAGCAAGGGGAUCGACCAGGAUGUGGCUCAGGCGAUCCAAGCCACCGUUGAGCUGUUUGGAGACGGGGCCGUGGGACACAUCAUCCCAGUGCUCACCCAUGCCGACCAUCUGGGUCGACGACAUACUGUCGAUCAGAUGCUGGAUGUGGACGCUGGGGGUCUGAAAAAGGCUCUGUCUCUAUGUGGCCAGAGGCCUGAGCUGGUAGACAACAGUCCAGACUGUCCCGCAGAGGUGCAGGGAGUGACACGCAGGCAGCUGGUGGGCCGUGUGAUGGAGAUGAAGACACUGAGGGGGCAUUUCGUCCACGAGCUGCAGAGGAGGGAGGACCGCAUCAGGGAGGAGCUACUGGCUGACAUGGCCUCUGCACUGGCUGGAAAACUGGGACACAUGUAAAUAAAAGAGAGAGGAGAGCUGGUGUUGCUGGCCUGUGUGAAAGAGUUGUUGGGGCAGUGAAAAAAUAAGGAGGCGGGAUUCAGUCAAGUGUUAAACAUGCAAUUUUGACUUUAAGUGCAAGGGUGAUUCUUUGCCUGAGGUAUUUUUGUCACUCUGCUGGUUUACCACUGUCCAAAUGAAUUUACCACCACUGGCCGUCUUUUGGUUUUCAACAUGCCACAGAUGCUUUUGGUUAGAUAUCAUGCCCACACACACUUAAUGUUCCAAUUCUGAUGUGUUGUAAUUCUUCAGUGUCUGUUUAUUCCUUGGUGAAGGCCUGUGUUUUCUUACUCUGAUCCAGUGCUUAGCCCUCCUCUGUCUUUCAUAAUUCAUAAGAGGUAUCAAACUUUAAAGAUGAUCAGAGAAAAUAAAGCGAGGUCAUAGUGGGACUGGAGUUCAGCAGUACUGUUCAGUGUACUCUAGUAUUUAGACCAAAAAAGUAUUUACAUCAGAGAAAGCUUGCAGGUUUCAUAGACUGUAUUUGUCUAGCUGCAAACACAAAUCAUAUUGGCAAUAGAUGACAAGUUGAUAUAUGGUAUAGUAAUGCAAAUCAGUAAAUCAAUAUAUCAGUGUAGCUUUAAUUGUGACAUAUUAAUAUAAUCUCUAUUUUGCAAGCAUCUGUUCUCAAUGUCUUGCUGUGUAAACCCACAUUCAUUUUCUAUCUUUUCAUUUUUAGAGUUGUGGCUGGCCACAUUUUUAAGUAUGACAAGUCUUAAUGACUUUAAUGAAACACAAAUUACACUCGUAAAGCUGAGAGGCCAUGUGGUUAGAGAGAGCAUUCAACCAGACUGUACAGACUUUCAGCAGCGUCCUCAAUCAGGUUCCUCAAAGGCAUGAUGAUGUAUAAAUUUAUUGACUAAACAUAAUAAUGAUCAACUUUUUUUUUUAUAUCACAGUUACAGUUACAAAGUGCUUUGCAAUAAAAACAAAACACAUGUAAAGCACAAGGAGAGUAAAACAAACUAUAUCACUGACAAUACAUUUUUAAAGGUGAGACAGAGUUUGCAGCCCUGAUCUCCUCAGGCAGGUCAUUCCAAAGUGUAGGAGCUGAACUGCAAAGGCUCUAUCACCUUGAUGUAUUAACCUGGACAUUGGCACAACCAGGAACGACGCAUCUGAGGAUCUCAGGGAGCGGAAAGGAACAGAUAACUGACUGUUCCUUGACUGUUCUUGAAAUCUCUUAUAAAAGCAACAGGUGGUCAGUGUAAGAAAGACAGGGUCGGUGUAAUGUGAUCAUGUUUCAGGGCCCGAGU